GCGCAGAGCGCAGCGCCACUCUGAAGCAGAACGUCUGUCACAGAGUGGAGCUCCACACCUCUACUGGAUCCGAAAGACAACAAGAGUGGAUAAACUGGGCGAAUCAGGGGUUCAACCAGGUGAGGUGAGGACAAGGACAAGAUCUGCAUCUCCCCUAUCCGUCUAUCAACAAACCAAGUGCCUCGGUGCCGGCCACCCACAGGUCACCUCAACCGUGACGGGCGCCAAACAAUAAAAGUCUUGACCCAGUGUUCCUCAGACAGCCUGCACAAAGCAAAUAUUUGACGCCAUUAUAACUAAUUUCUCCGGGCAGGCGUCACUGAAAAGAUCAACAGUGAAGGGUGUCUUUGGGAGAUAAAAAGAGAGAAGAAAAAGUGGGGGAGGAAAAAGUAACCCUUUCAAAGUGCACCCUGCAUGCUAUUUCUGCUGCGCUGUGGGCAGGGAGCAUCUCAUUUGGGAGUGCUUUUGGCCGACAAAAAAAGCACUUCCCUGUGCCCUGCCUUCUGAUCCAAAUGCCUGUGUAAAUACUGGAUAGAGAUAUCAAUUUGUCUGGGCUCUAACACUGCCCAACAAAGAGACUGUAUGCUAUCUAUAGAAAACGUUACAACAAACUUGGACUCUGUGGUUUCCUGAAUUGCUACUUAUCUAUUACCCCUCGAGGAAGAUUCAAGAGCUGUGAGAACCGGAAUGAGAGCUGCGGCAGUUUUCUACACUUAAAAACAUUUUCAAACACCCUCACUAGUUUUGAAAUCUUCUCUCAACAACUCUCUUGAGGGAACUGUGAGUCACUGAGGGGCUGCAGUUUUGAUGUCUUUCCCAGCUUGGUGAGUCAGCAUGAAACCCCUAACACCAAUUGGAUCCCCCUCUCCUCUGAGGCUCCUCAACAAGGGUCCAGACUACCUGCGCAGGCAGAUAGAUGGUGGUGGCCAUGGUCGCUCAAUCAGUGCGGUGGAGAGGCUGGAGGCGGACAAAGCCAAAUAUGUGAAGAGCCAGCAGGUGAUCAACACCAAGCAGGAGCCUGUGCUGGUGCCAUGUGCCACCCCACCACCGCAGCCCCGGCGAGUUGUUGCCAUCCCUGGAAGCCUGACCCCUCAUCUUCCCCCACGUCGUUCAUCCAACACCCCCUUCUCUACACUCUCUGGCUCUUUCACUUCUCGAGAUGAAAAUGAAAAUGAUGACUCCAGAAAGGAGAACAGACGGACUUCCGUUGAUAUUGAGGCGCAUAACAGGAGCAAUGUGAACAAGAUAAUGCCUCCGAGCCCCAGGACACCUGGAAUUAACACCUUAGUAGCACCACACAGUGCUCCUAUACUCAGAAGAAGCACGGGAAAGCGCAUGCUGAGGCCAGACUCCCUCGUCAUCUACCGGCAAAAGAAAGAAUGCAAAAGCCCCAGUGGUGCAGCUGUGGGAGAGAAUAAUAACAUUGAAGUAAAGGGAUACAGUUUUGUCCGCCGACUCUUUCAGGGCUCCAUGAGGGAAAAGAGUAGCGGAGGUGAAGGGAAAAUUCAGAAGAUGGUGAUUGGUGAAGAAAAAGCACCAUCACGGGAUGGAGAUUCCCGCAUGUCUUGGACCAAUGACAAAGACACUACAGAUGGUGGACCAGGGAGCAGGAGGUCUAGUAAAACUGAUCAAGAUCGCAGCCCGAGGUCUAUCCCUAGUCCUGGGUUUAGCUGCACGUUUGAACGGACUAAGAAUGGAUUUACAAAUGGUACCAGUGAUGGUGGGAUCACCAACGGAAACCACUCAAGUAUCCAUGAUGAUGAGAAUGACCCGUGGAAACGGGCGUCACCACCACCAGCACCCAGAAGGCAGUUUGGGGAGCUGCAUCGCUCCAAGUCAGACAUGCGUCUGCGCUCCUCUGUAGCAUUAUCAGAGCAGGAGCAUUUCUUUGACUACUGUGGGCUGGACAUGGACAUGAUAGAACGUCUGGGUCGGGAGAAUUUCCUCUCUGGGGCCAGUUCCAUAGACACACUCUCAUUGGCCCUCCGCAGUGUGGGCGGAGAUGGCUUCGGUGGCUCAGAGCCCAGUGAGUUCUCCCGACACUCAGGAGACGGCCUGUUUCAGGAGGAGCUGGCAGAGCAGCUUCCCACUGGUGUGUCAAUCAUUGAGAGAAACGCUCGUGUCAUCAAGUGGCUUUAUGGGUGUAAGAACGCUGCACGAGAGGGACCCAAGGAGUCUACUGUUUAAUAUAAGGACAAGGAACCAUGUGUCGUGGAGUGUUGAGAAUCUGCAGGUGUUAUUUCAAACGAAAACAAGAGUUUAUUUUCUCAAAAUCUCUGUGAAAUCAUCUCAUACUGUGUUUGGUUCUGCAGACCUGCUGAAAUGCACCACAAACCAGAAGUCAGAGCAUUGAAUCGUCACUGAUUUGAUCUUGAACUUCAAAAAAAAAAAAAACAUUCAGAAUGGGCUGUGAUUAGCAAGCCGCAUUGCUGCAAUGCUACACAGAAGGAAAAAAAAUAGGACUUAGUUCUAUUUUUGAGCCACAAGGAGCAAUGCAAGUAAAAGAGGCUGAGGCAAAGCUGCCAUCGAAAUGUGAUUUUAAUUUUUAAAUGAAAGUCAGUGACGGUCAACUUAAGGUGUGUUUCAGCUGCUAUAAUGUCUGCACUUAUGGUUAGCAUUCCACGGCGCAUAGUUAUCUUCAGUCCCUUGUUGUUCCUUACCCCAAAGAGACUGUUUCUUCAAAUGAGAGGACAAAGACUGCUACUAGUUUUCUCGUGUCAAAUUGAUAUAUUGUAUUUAUAGAUCCUAUGGAAGUACUGUGUGGUUAUAGAUUGACCUUACUGGCGAAAAGAACCAUUUCUUCAUGCAAAAUGUUUUUGUAUCCGUAUGUGUGCGUGAGUGUGUGUGGAGUGGACGUCACUGUCCUCUCCAUUUGUAGCUUCUGUUCAGUUAUUGACACAACCGAUUAGGAACUGAACCUGAAAUCAGCCUUUGUGACCCCUGACAGGGCACAUAACAUUUUGUCUGUCAUGACACAGUAGACACAGUUCAGUGUCCUUGACACCAACACUCUCCUUUAAUGACUAAUUUAAAAUGGAAAACCACUAAGCUACGUUUUUUUUCCAAACUGGAAAACUGUUGUGUGAGUGUGAAGUGAACCAUGAGUACCUCAUUCGGAUCUGUCCCAGUUUAGUUUGUGUGUUGUUUUUUUUUUUUACUCCUUAAACGCAGGCGUUGGAACAAACAUGCGAGGCACCCCUGUGGGGUUGUUAAUGCACUGAACUGGACGGGGAGAGAGGAAGUGAAAGAUAGAGAUAUAGCUUUGAGUCUUUGCAGGGAUUCAUCUCAUUUAACGUUAAACACUGAGCUGGAUUCAAAGGAGCACCUGCAUCGUGGAAGACGAGGAGCCAUGCCUGGCCAGUAAAUUUCAUCAUUUUCAUCUCAUUCUCCAAACCCCAAACAGGGUCAAUUCUCACAUACUAUACACUGUCCAAUAAUCACUUGUGACACAGUCAUUGAUUGCCACAGCUAAUGCUUCAUGUUUGUUCUGUGCUCACAGCCGUGUAAGCUAUAGAGCUGCACAAAUGAUAACCAGGGAAAGAUAGCCUGUUAAUGGUCAAUUCUGUGAGAGCAAAACUGGAACUUUGCAAAUAUAUGCACACUCAUAAUUUAAAUCUCACAAAAGAAGUUUCAAAAAUGAAGAAAAACUAAAAUAAUAUUUUAAGCUCCAAAAGUAAAAUAGCUAGAGUCGUCAGAUCCUCACUGCCAAACGUUGUAGGAUGUCACCUAGAUGUUUAACCUCUCCAUCUGGCUCAGUCAGCCUGCUUCCCAUCAGAAGAAGCAGGGGAGGUUGAAGCCGCCCUCCUUUCUCUGAUAACCACAGAUCCUACCUCACUUCAUCCAUCCUUCAGUGAUUGUCACUUUAUCUCCAUGAAAGGUCAUUUCCAUUGCUUGGCCUGGAGGAUGCCACUGAAACAUGAACUGGGGGUCUGCCGAGGUAUGUGGAGGUUAGACUGAGAUUAUUACUGAACCCAAGGGCACGUUAUAUAUACACGAGUACAUGUGAUAAAUUAACACAAUAAUUUGCAGCCUUGAUGUGUUUUUCUUUCUGUAUUUAUCAUGAGCACGGCACACUCCUGAAACUCCUUCAAACUGGACGUUUUGUUUUGUUUUAUAUCUUCCCAUUUAAAACCGUUUGGUUGCA